AUGGUCUUCGACCAAGCAUACUGGUACUUAAACAUCAUUCCUUUCGGUAAAACGUGUUAUACAAAUCUGUUCUAUAAUAUUUUGAUUUGUUCUGAUUUGACAGAACUAUGGUCAGCAACAUGCGGGCAGCAAGCCAUGUCUGCGCAUGAGUUGGCAAGCAAAGCUGCAAGUCUUGCACUCACACAGCUGAGACACGUCGAGAACCAUGCCACGCUUUGUCAGCUGCAAAGGGAUAUUAUUGGAUAUGACAAGUUACUUGUGGCGGAACGCGAGUUCAUAAGACUCGGAUGCGUCUACAAGCAUUCGUCCAAAGGUCUUCAACAAACAGCAUCCGUGUUUUUGUUCAGCGACUUACUACUGAUAGCAUCAAAGUCUUCAAGCGGACACUUCCGUGCGCAUAGUGUUCUUCCUCUGCACCGGCUGAGACUAGAACCUAGCGAUCUACCGCACUCCAUCAACGUAGUCGAUGAAGAGUCCACAGUUUUGAUUAGUAUGAGCAAUGACGUGGAAUACUCGGGUUGGUGGGAAUCGCUUUCCGAUAGUAUUGAGGCUGCACAAGAUUUACGCACGCUCGUCGAUACGCAACUCACACAUAUUGAUAAUGACACAGAGAACACGGACGUAAAUACGAACGUGUCAACGUCGAACGCGCUCAGUUACGUAUGCUGGCAUCGAGCUACUUCGGUUACUAGCGAUCAUCUACACCUCGCACUUAGAAGUCAGCUAUCCGGUUACUUACUUCGUAAGUUCAAAAACUCGCACGGCUGGCAGAAGCUAUGGGUUGUGUUCGCGCUCUAUUCGCUCUUCUUCUACAAGAGCUGGCAGGACGAGACACCUCUCGCGUCGCUGCCGCUUUUAGGAUACAGUGUAAGCGCCCCUUCGCCUACCGACGGAAUUGAAAAGGACUUUGUGUUCAAGCUGCAGUACAAGAGUCACGUGUACUUCUUCAGAGCGGAUAGUAAUUUCACCUACAAUAGGUGGACGGAAGUGCUGCAAACUCCGAUGAUGCAAUCUCGUCACAAUUGUUAAAUUUAAACAAAUUCUAGAAACCAAACAUUAAAUUAUAUGGGAACUUCUUGUCUUAGGACCUGUCUCAUAGAAAAUAGUGCCAUAUAUCGUAUAUUUAAAAAAAACAAAUUUAAAAUCAAAAAUAGCUCGAAACGGGCUGGCAUAUAUAUUUAAAUGACAGGAUUUCACAAAUAUGGUUUCGCUGAUAUUUGACCAAUAUGACUGACGUUACAGAUAAUAAUUUAAUAUAUGUUCAAUAAUAAUUUUAUAGGCGCU